AUGCUAUUUUACGCUGGAGCCAUUCAACAGAUGGGAGAGGUGCACGACGGAGAUACGACAAUGGACUUUCUACCCCAGGAACGUCAACGCGGCAUCACGAUUGGUGCAGCUGCUAUUAGUUUCUCGUGGCGAAAGCAUCACAUUAAUUUAGUUGACACUCCGGGUCACGUGGACUUUACAAUUGAAGUGGAGAGAGCCGUGCGUGUGCUGGACGGAGCAGUUGCUGUGCUGGAUGGCGUGGCCGGCGUCGAAGCACAAACGGAGACGGUCUGGGAGCAAGCGGAGCGACACAAUGUGCCACGCAUUGCGUUUAUCAACAAAUUGGAUCGUGCUGGAGCAAGCUUUCAAAAGUCCUGCGAGUCGAUUGAAGCUAGGUUUGGAGUACAGACGUUGCGUGUGCAGCUGCCUGUGGGUGAAGAAGCAGAGUUUGAAGGUGUGCUGGAUCUUGUGGACAUGCAGCUGAUCAAAUGGACAGACGCGGCGGGCACAGAAAUGCUUCGCCUACCUUUGCUAUCUUCAGCAAGCGGAAAAAUCGCAAGUUUGUAUCAACGAGCACUUGAAGGGCGUCGAACGCUCAUUGAACGUGCCUCAAACUUCGACGAUGAGCUUGGUGAACGAUAUCUUAUGGAAGAGGAGAUCGACAACGAGAUCCUAAAAGCAGCUCUUCGUCGGAUCACGGUGCAGCGUGGCAUGGCAUCUCAAGUCCUCGUGACGCUUUGUGGUAGCGCGUUGAAAAACAAGGGCGUGCAACCACUGUUAGACGCUGUGGUGGACUAUUUGCCGUCGCCAUUGGAUUUGUCUCCGUUUGAAGCACAUACUGUCAAUGGUGGUAAAUUGUCUCGUGGAAGUGUCCGUGGUUCGGACAACAGUCUGGUUCAUGUUAAAGCGUCUGCGAGUGAGCCGCUAUGUGCACUCGCCUUCAAGGUUCAGCACGACCGACAGCGUGGUCUGGUAGUGUUUUUCCGUGUGUAUUCGGGUGUGCUGAAUGCCAAGUCCCAGCUAAUAAAUGCGUCUCGCGGUGGUCGCAAGGAAAGGCUGACGAGACUCAUGCAUGUUGCUGCAGACGACGAGGAGAUUGUAGAGAGCAUUUCAGCUGGCCACAUUGGCGCUGCUGUGGGGCUGAAGCACACAUUCACGGGUGACACCUUAGUCAGUGCUAAGGAUGCGGCGCAUCAGCUAGUGCUGCUAGGCAUUCAAGUUCCCAAACCCGUGUUCACGUGCUCGAUCGAGGCCGAGUCAUGUGCGAAGCAGAAAGAUCUCGACACAGCGCUGGAGCAUUUGCAGCGUGAGGAUCCAAGCUUUGUGGUAACGGUUGACGAUGAAACUGGCCAAACCCUCAUGUCUGGCAUGGGAGAGCUCCACCUCGAUAUUAUCAAGGAGCGACUGCGCAGCGAGUACAAACUGGAACCUUGCGUUGGUGCUAUGCGUGUGGCUUAUCUGGAGAGCAUUACGAAUUCUGUUGGUCUGCCUUACACGCACGAUACCAUAAUGGGCACUAACCGGCACUUUGCGAAGUUGACAGUCCAUGUGGACCCACUGCUUGAGCAGCAAACUAAGAACCAAGACGAGGAUGACGUGGUUAAUGAUGAGAACGAUAGCAACAUUGUACAAUGGAUGAACCAGGGCGCGAAAAAGAUGCCUCGUGCCUUUGCUAUGGCAAUUGAGGAAGGUCUGUGGGCUGGACUCAGUCGCGGUGUCCUUACAUCGAACCGUGUUGCUUAUGUAAAGGUCACAGUGGACGAAGUCGAUUGUGAAUGGGAUUCUAACUCGAGUGCAGCAUCUUUCCGGGCCGCGGCUGCGCUUUCACUCAAGCAAGCCCUGAAACAAGCUGAUCCUGUCAUCCUGGAGCCAAUAAUGAAACUCGAAGUACGUUCCCCUGAUCGCUGUGUGGGUGAUGUUCUCGCUGAUUUAAGCUCUCAAAGACGCGCACAUAUUGAAGAGGUGAAGUCUGCUUCCGGUGGAGACGGUGGUGACUCCAUUGCCGACCGUGGCCGCUCUAUCGUGUUUGCGCAUGUUCCAUUGGCACAUAUGGUCGGCUACGCAACCAUCCUGCGCUCCAAGACUCAGGGCGAAGCUUCCUUCGGCAUUCAAUUCUUAUGCUAUGUGGAAGUAGACCCGGCUACUCGUGACCGAAUGACGGUAGAUCGAGUCAAAGGUUAG